AUGAAUUUAAGAGGAGGAGGUUGUGGAUCAUCUCACAUUGUUACACCUUUCCCCGUAAAAACCUAAACCUUAAAAAAUAGCCCAGGAUUGACUACUUAAAUCAAGUUUCAUUGUGAUCGCAUCGCCAGAUCAAUGGUGACGGUUUUAGAUUAAGAAAAUAAUCUCAUGAAUAGCUUCCAAUUCUUCCAAUUAAAUCAGAGACAAAUAUGGAAUUUGGUUACCAAUGUUUAACUAAACCAAUCAACUUUUGAACUUGUGUCAUAAAGUUUAGAUACGCUGGUGUCAGCAUUAUAAAAAGUGAUUUAAUAAAAUGUGGGAUAUGCAUUAUAUGUAUUAUAAAUUAUGACCUAAUUGUUAUGGAUAAUGUUUAUGUACUACACCACAAAUUAGGAGAGAUAUUUGGAUAUAGAUAGACAACAAUUAAUAUUAAGGGAAAUGGGCUUGAUAAAAGAACAAUUAAAAAUUGAAAGAAGUGCAGAUAAACUAUUCAAUAAUCUCUAUUUCGAAUUCUUUAUCACCAAAUCCAUUAUAACCAUUUAACCUACUAACUCAAAAGAGGGCUAAGAAAUCGCAAUGUAGUUUCUAAGCGGCGCUCUGAAAUCAUUGAGCACAUUCACAUUGAAUGACGAUCUAAUUUAAAGUCUUAAAAAGAGUGUCAUCUACAUCUAUUAAGAGGGAGUUAAGUACAGUAGAAAACGCAAAUUGGAAGUGAUUUUUGCCCUUCAAUAGCUAAAGUUUUACAUAAUUGAUGAAUUGGAAAACGGGAAGGAUGCUAAGUAUCUGGCCACUGUUCUGAGCAGGAUGUAUUGUGAAAUCAUUCGAGAAUCUACGGAUUGGGAGAUAUGGUGCAGUUGGAUUUAGGUGUUGUCCUAGCUCUUCUCAUUGAAAUAGGCAGUAGAUGAAUUGAGAAUUCAAAAUCAGCUCUGUUAGUAUUUUUAAGGGAAAGAAUACACAAUCCCUAAUUUUGAUGGUAGGAAUUAUGUAUCAAUCAAUUAUUUCUAAAUUCAAAAUGAUGAGUUAUUAAAAUUAAUAUUUGAAAGCAGUCAACCCUUACAAGAAUUAUCUAAAUUAUAAUAUUAUUUAUUAAAUGGAUAUGGAUUACUAUAAAGUUAUGAGCAAUAUUACUUUAAUAAAUUAUCAGUUAUCAAAGCAACUAAUUCAACAUUAAAAAAUAACUCAUUUAGUUCAUCUCAGAUUUCAUAAUUUAUGAAUUCGGUUAGUGCUAUCUAAUAGGGUCAGCAAUAAUUGAUUGAGCUAUUUAAGUAGCUUGUCAUCAACAAUGAUCAAUAAAAAAUCAAAGAAGCCGAAGACUUAAUGAAAGAUUUGAUUACUAAAACUAUUCAACUGAAGAGGAAUUUAGAAUAUUUAGCCAUCAUCUAAUAGUCUAUCCAAGGGGAAAUCAAUUACAAUGAAGGCAUUUAUGAAUUUCCAGAAACAGACAAAAUUCAAGUGAUGUUUCUACAAAAAUACUUGAAUUGUCAAUUGUCAAGUAAAUAGUUUUAACACAUUGAUUUCGAUUCAAUAUUUUAAGAGAAUGCCAUAUAAUCACUAUUAGAUCAAUUUUCAACAGAGGAAAUAAGCAUUGAAUUAAGGGAAGAUAUAUUGAAGAAAACUAUUAAUCAGGUCUAAAUUGAUAACUUGAUUGUUUCACUCAAAAUGAAGAAGCCACAGGAAAGUGCUAAAAACAAUGCUGAUGAGAAUAAAUGGUUAAAAGGAUUUUACAAUGCUCUUGAUCUGACGUAGAAAACAAAAUGCUUCAUAAAUUGGAACUUACAGAUUCAAGUGAUUCUAUCAAUUAAAUUAAGGAUGACCAAUUCUUUUAAAGAAGAUGAGAAAUAAUUAAAUUUAAAGUAAGAAAUCAUUCAACUUUCAAUGUAAAUGAUUUCUUAUGACUCUCUAUAAUCUUCAUUGUAAUUUAUGUACAACCAAUUCCUAAAAUGCUAGAGUAGCAAAAUCUUAUCCAAAAUACCUACUGAUUAAUCCCAUAAAUUUGUUAAAAUCUUAAAAGCAAUAACAAUUGAAAAGUUCAUAACAAUCAAUUAAAUAAUAGGAAUUCUGACAACACAUUUAUUCAAAGAAACCAAAUUGAAAAAUGAUGUAAGCAUUGACUAAGAAAUCUGUAAAAUUGUAUAAGAGGAAUUGACAGACAAUAUCAACUAUUUAAAUUAGAUCUGUAAUGGAAUCAAAAUGAUCACAGAUAUUCUCAAAAAUUAAUUGGACAACAACUCAGAACAAAAAGAUGAUCUCAUUAUCUUAAGAGAUUAAUCCAUCUUUCAUGAAAUCUUCCCCAAUUUCAAUACCAAUUCCAUUUUGUAAUCCUAGAUUGUAUUGAGCUUUUAAAAACUGUCAGCCUAUUAGGAUGAGUUCUUAAAAUCUUUUGAAAUUAUGAAAGAUUACAUCAAAAAUGAAGAUAAUGAUUUUUAUUAGUAUUUAGAAAACAAGAAGGCGGCAAUUUCAAACAUUAUAGAAUUGAUUGAUAUCGUCAAAUUGAUGAAAAUAACUAAUGAAAAGGAUAAGGAAAUAGCAUUUUAUCUUUGUGAAGACAUACAAAAACAAUUAAGUGAAUGUUGUAAAAUAGUAAAAAGUACAUCAGUUAAGAUUGAAUAAAAGCAAUUUGAUUGGAAUGAGGAAAUCAAAUUCUACGAACAAUUAGUAGAUGAAAUGAAAUAGAUUAAGACCAGACAGCAAGAGUAGGUUUAAUAAUUCUAGAAUAUAUUCAAUAAUUCAGAGAAAGUGCAAUCUCAAAUCUUAAAUAUGAUUACUCUAUAAAAGUUGGCUGCAAAGAAACCUCAAUUUUAUUAGCAGUUUCAGGAAUCUGAAUAAUUUUUGCAGGAAUCAAUGAGUGAAUAUUGUAAUUAGACUAUUGAGAUUGCUAUUGACUAUCAGUAAGUUCAGUAGAUCAUUUCAGUAAAGGAGUUUAAUUAGUAUCCUUCAGAUCUUGAGCCAUAAAUCUAUUUUAUUUUAAGUCAAAUAGAAAAUAAAGAUGAGUCGAAAAAAUCAAAUGAUUAUUUUGAUCUAAUUUAGCAGGGAAUUAAUGAUCUAUUGUCAAAUAACUAAUGGAGGAUUAGACAAUUUUUGGUUUAUGAAUUAAUUUAGAUGAGACGAAGUUGUCUUCAACAAAAUUGUAUGUCAUUGAAUUCUGGACUGUAUAUUCGAUUUUAAGUUUACGAAACUGAUAAGAGAAUUAGAUCACUAUUUGAUGAUAAAUCCAUUCAAUUAUCCAAUCAAUUGAUGGGUAAAUAUUGGCCCAGUCAAGAAACCAUUAUCUAAAAUAAACUAAAGGAGAGAUUAAAAGAUUUAAACGAGUUAGCCCAAUAAAUAUCUAUUGAAACCUAAGAAAAUUUUAAAUAACAAUUACGAAAGGAGUAUACUAAGUUAGAAAAAGAUAUCUAGUAAAUGUUCGAUAAUGUUUCUUAAAUCUAAAACACACUCGGAAUUACAAUCAUCUUUCUCUAAGAUCUAAAACAAGACUUACAGAGAAUUGAAAAUUAUAUUAUUUAGAUGCAAGAAACAUUAGAUUAAAUAAGCAAGGACAUUAAAUAUUUGAAGGGGAGAACCAUCUAUGAAUUAUUGGAAUUAAGAAUGAAAAAGAUCUUAUAAUAGAGACUAGUUUUCAAUUCAGACAAUGUCUAUAUCCCAAUUAAAUCGAAAGAAAAAUUGAGUGAUUCUUAAUACUCAUCUGAAAAGACCAAUCUAUUCACAGAAGAUAUCUUCGGAGAUGGUGAGAUCAAUGAGUUUAUUUGGAAGUAAUCUAAGGAUAGUUUUUUGAUUCAUGGUUAAGCUGGAUCAGGUAAGAGUACAGCUGCUAGAAAAAUAGAAGAGUUCCUUUGGAUGUUUUAUCAAAAGAAUAAAAAGUCGAGUGAUUAUAUACCAUUAAUUCCAAUUUUUGUAUAAUUGCCUCAAUUAAGAGACCCUGUGUAUUGUUGCAUUGAAGAAACCUUAAAAUCAGAUAAUUAUAGAUUUAAUGAAAGAUAGAUCUAAGAAUUUUAAGAGGCAGUUGAAUAACGCAAAAUAAAAUUAGUUAUAAUAAUGGAUAGUUAUGACGAGCUAAAGUCAGAUUAUAUUGGUUUAAAUCUCAAUGUCUCAAAUAAGCUCUCUAAAUGGAGAUGUUAAGCUGACAAAAACAAAUUUCCAAAAAUCAUCAGCACUUGCAGAUCAGAAAUAUUUAAUAUAGCUGGUUAUAAUACAUGGUUCUUAUCAGAAUCCAAUUCUCCUUAAUUUUACAAAGAAGUCAAAUUGUUAAAAUUUAACUAAGAACAAUAAAAAUUGUAUAUCGAUCAAUACACAAUAUUGUGUGUAAAAAGGGAUAUUAGAGAAUUUUAUUUUAGUAAUUACGGUACUUAAGAUUACUCUGAAUACGAGACCUUUUUCACUGACCUAGUUAAAUCAUUGAAUUUAGCCAAGAUGAAAUUUGAAAGUACAUUCAUGCUUAAUCCAAAUAUCAUAUAGUAAAUCCUAUUUAAGUGUUCUAACUUUGUUUCAAAGGAAAUGCAAAAGACCUUGUCCUAAUUGCUUGCAGAAAUCUGGUCAAGUGCUUAAUAUUUAAAAUUCAUCUAAAUAAUGAAAUUGGACAAAGUGAUCGAGACUCCUUUCAUGGCGGAGAUCGUCAUGGCAGUCCUCCCCUAUAUUGUAAGGUAAAGGUCAGAAAUCAAUAACGUAAAGAAUAGAUUCAUUAAGAAGUAUAUCUACUUCGCAAAAAGUGAGUAUUAAUUGCUGUAAGUUAAUCAACUGGAGAAAUAGGCUUUGGAUGAAUGGUAAACAAUCAUUCAUAAUUCAAAUUUUUUGAAUGAAUACCUUCAAGAGUUUUCAGAAAUUUAAGUUGAUAAAUUAAUUACUAAGCAUUUUACUUCCAAUUAAAAGUUUACUAUCAUUAAGAACUCCUUAAUGUUAGAACCAUUGUCAACGUAUGACUUUUAUAGUUAAUUUCUGGAGCAUUAUUUUAAGAGAUAGAUUUACAAAUUAAGAGAAGCUGGUGAGCCUAUAGAUUACGAAUAAAUUGGUAGCGAGUUGUGGAGAUUCACUCAUCAUUUGGCUAAUCAGAUGACAUUUUAAAAUAUGACCUAAGUGUAUUUUUAACCAAGUGGGCUAAUCUUCAAGAAAUUAGAAUCUGAUUGGAAGGAUGAAUUCUUUGACGAUCAAUGUUAGGAAGGAGUGUACAAAAGACUAUUUAGAAAAUGCAUGCCUAUUAAGUAGAAAAAUAGCAUUUAUUCAUUUAAUCAUAAGUCAAUCUAAGAAUUUUUGGUAGCUAAAUGGUUUGUUGAGUAUCUAUCCAAUAUCAAAUUUCCAAUAGAUGAAAAUGCAAAGAAAUAACUAUUUUAGUAUGAAUUCUUUAAGAGAAUUUGGGAAUAUGAAUAUUUGAAAGGUUCAAUAACAUUUAUAUGUGAUAAAUUGAAGUAUAAUGAAGAAUAAAAGUAAUAGCUUUUAAAUUUCAUAUAUCUGACAAGAACUGAUGAUAAUUUUAUUAUUGCAGGUUCCAAUAGUAUGUUAUUGUUAAAUGAAAUGGAUCAUUCGUUUAUUGAUAUGGAUUUAAGCAAUAUUAAAAUAGCUGAUGUUUCAUUGAGUGGAGCCAAUUUUUUUAAUUGUGAUUUUACAAGUUCAAAUUUUAAAGGCAUAAAUCUAUCAUCUGUUAAUUUAAAUUUAUCCAAGGUGGUCAAUGCUUAAUGGACUGAUAUUUCAUUGAAUUAGCUACCAAAAAUCAAUACUAAUUUGGGAAAUAUCAAAGGAUUGACCUACAUUGAAAAGGAGAAGCUUCUUCUUGCCUUCGACGAUUAAAAGCCAGAAAUGAAACAAUAUGACAUUUACAAAAUUCAAGAAGUUAAUAAAUUAAACAUCAAAAUUAUACCAAAAUAGGCUAUUCUAGCAAAUAAUCAAAGAAUAAUGGCUUUAGUGAAUGAAAAUGAGAUUUUAUUAUUUGAUUUAUUUGACAUGAAAAUGAUUCAAUUGAUACAAUAUGGAUAAUGUUUUGAUAAAGAAAGGACCUGUUGUGUAUUUGGAUAUGAUGAUAAAUCUUUGAUUUUUGGAGGGUACAAUGGUGCUCAUGAAUUGAAAAUAAACAUUGAAUUUGUUGAAAGAAAGGCUUCAAAGAAAGUAACAGACAAGGACAAGAAAAAAGGAAAAUAAUAAAACCAAAAAUAAGAGGCUGAAGAUAGAGUUGAAAUCAUCUAGUAAUAGAAGGAUAUGGUUGUUACCAUAGAUUCAUUUAAAUAACUAAUAAGCGAAUAAAUUGUGAACCUUCAAUGCUGCAAAAUUAUAAUUAUGCAAAGGCAGUCAAAAACUAUAAAUUUAUACAGUUAGCAAACAUAAUUGAUGAAACAAAUUGAGACGAAGUGUGAAAGAGUCAUUUGCAUGGAUAGUAAUUUAGAAUUGAAUCUUUUGGCAAUCGGUGGUAGAAAGGGAGAAAUAUAUCUCUAUAACCUAUCAUAAAUUGAGAAACCUGUGAAUCUCUGUGGACACAAGAAAGCAAUAGCAGAAUUGAAGUUUUCGAAUGAUGGCAAAAUUCUAGUUUCAUGUUCUUUUGACUAAUCCAUUAUUUUAUGGAGUACUUAGCAAUUGUCACAAAUUAAUCAAGCCAACUUUACAGCAUUUAUUAAAAUAUUCUCGUUAACAUUAAUCACUAAUUCUUACUUAGCAGUGACAGGGUAAAAUCAAGGGCAGAUCUAAAUUUGGGACUUAAAUAGUCAAGACACUUCAAUCAGCAAUCCAUAAGGCCAUCUCAACACAGUUUAAUGUUGUAUAUUUUCAUUUGAUGGAGCUUUAUUAAUAUCUGGAUCUAGUGAUUUAUUAAUUAAGAUUUGGAGCACAUAAACUGGACAGUAAAUUGGUCAGAAUCUUGAAAAGCAUUAAUUGCCAAUAAGAAGUUUAGCCAUCUCUCAAGAUUCCAAUUUGUUAUGUUCAGGAGGAGAAGAUGGAUACUUAUAUAUUUGGGACUUGCAAAACUUUUAAAUUAGAAAUGAGAUAAAUCAUUAUGCUUCCCAAAUCUCCAAGGUUUCUAUAUUUUAUUCGGAGGAUUAAUACAAGAUAGUCACCUUAACUGAAGAAAAACUGAUUCAUUUAUGGAGUCUUAAUAACUUAUAAGAAUUCCUACUAAUAUACGAUUAUAAGGAUGAAAAUAAAAGACUGAUUCCCAACAUUGAAACAAAGAAAUUACUAGAUUAAUGCAGAGACCAAUAAGUCAAUGUCAUUGAAUCGUAUAACAUAAGCAAUUACUUAAAAAUCUAAAAUUAAUAUAUAACUGCUUUAGCCAUAAGCAAUAAUGGGUUAUAGAAGUUAAUUGGUACGAGUGAGGGAUAUCUUUUAGUCGUAGAGGAUAAGGAACUCAUAUUCAAAAACUAAGCUCAUAAAAAAAGCAAAUGUGAUGUCAUUUAUGUGUUAAAUAAUAAGUUGUUUAUGACAUCAGGUUAGAAUUCAAUUAUAUUUUGGAAAUUUAGUGAUUUUACUUAAUAUUCUAAUUAUCAAAGUAAAUUUACUAAAAUUAAUGACUUCUUUGUGUGGAAUGAUAACCUUUAUAUCUCUAUCGAUCAAACAAUUCGUAUUUGGAAUAUUAGUCAGAAGUCAACUAUAAAGGUGAUCAAAGAAAAGAAGAAAGACCAUAUACACUCUAUUUGUAUGAAGAAUAGUAAUACCAUAUACGCAGGCACUUAAAAUGGGAAUCUCCUUAUUAUUGACCUUCAAAAAUCGGAUUAAUAUCAAGUGAUACCUGAAAUUCACAAUGGACGUAUUACUAAAAUUGCUUGGAUUAACAACCAAAAUGUGUUUAUCACAGCUGGACUUGAUGGGAUAUUAAAACAAUGGAAGGAUGAUAAACCAAUCAAGGUCAUAGAUACAGGAUCCACAAUUAACUCAUUCUACCUUUCUAAUGAUCAAAAUUAUUUUGUUUUACAUACUUUCGAAGGUUUAAGCAUGUGGAUAUCAGAAGACCUCGUGCUAUCUGAGAAGAUUGUCAAUCUAAAUGAUAAUUAAUCCAUACUAGUCUUAUUCAAUUAGAGAAGAAUUAUUUGGUCAAAGGAUGAUCAAUUAUUUUAUGUUCCUAUCUUGCAGAAAAAGCUUAAGUAUUCCUACGCCUAAGAGCCAAAUAAUCAUUUUCCCACUACAUUUUUAGUCGAUGAGAACAACACAAUAUAUUCAGGAGAUAAAGAUGGCAAACUUGGCUUCUGGAAUUAUAAAGGGGAGAAAACAAAAGACUUCUUGGAUUUGAAUCAACCAAACAUUAUUUGUUUAAGUUAAUCUCCUGAUAAAUCAAAAUUGGUUGUAGUUUUUAAAGAGUUAAUUAAGGUGAUCUCAGCAGAGUCAUUUGAAAUUAUCUACGAAAAGGAUUUUAAAGACUUCUCCAUUAAUAGUCUCAAUUAUUUAAAUGAAAAGACAUUGUUGAUAACCAACAGUUUAAAAGAUAAGUAGGUUAUCUUUUAUGACGAAGAAAAUAAAUAGAUGCUUAUUGAAAAUGAGCAUGACGAAGAAGUCAAUGGAGCUGCAGUUAAUUUAAAACUAAAUUGUUACGCUACCUAUAGUAAUGAUAAAUCUAUUCGAUAUUAUUAGAAAUAGAAUUCAAUUUAUUCUAUGAAGUAUUCAAUGUCAUAACUAUUAAAAUUUGAAUCAUAGGACACAGUGGUCGAGAAUAGUACUAUCAUAUCUAAAACAGGAAUAGAUUUAUUAUCACUGUUUAAAAAUUAAAGAAUUGUAACGAAUUGA